ACCUUUCGAUAUUGUUCACUUAUAACCGUCCACACCUGCCUCUAUAUUAACCGCAUUCACUCUGGCUUAUUGUUAGUCUGGCUUUGUCGCCUCCACGAAAUUUAUUACCUUAUAUUUCUCGCAUUACUCUUUUUUAGCACGGAUCUUGUACAAGGCAAGAGCGUAGGAGGUGUGGAAAAAGAAAUUAAAAAACAGGAUCGAGGCUAAAAUGAGGGUAAAUCACGGAAUUGUGGCUUCGAGGGGAAUUGUUACCCUUACAACGACUACGCGAACCUUGAUUUUCAUAGUGGUCUUCUGUUUCGCAAGCUGCGCUGCGGGAUCUUGCUUGAGUUACGGACACUCAUGCUGGGGUGCUCACGGAAAACGAAGUGGUAACUUUGAAAACAGCCCUACUCGAUCUGGAUUAACACAAAAUUCAAAAAAUGAUGCUGAUCAGGAAGCAGCUCUACCAUCGCUUGAUGAUCAAUGGAUACUGUCACGUAUGGUAACUAGACAGUUUCACGUUCCAUCUUCGGCCAAAUUUCAUACUAAAUGGUACGACGUGCCUAAAAUGAAGCUUCUGCCACGAAAGUGGGAUAAUGAGAAUUCCGAAAUUGUUGCUGAAAAUCAAAACUAUCCUCACCGAUAUCGGGCCGAUGAUGAAGACGAUGAACAAGAUGGCGAGAAUGAAAAUGAAAUGAACAUGCAAAAUGGACAACAAAUCCGUAGCGAGUCAACAGACCCACGUGACGAGACUGAUGAAGUACUUUUACUACCGUCACAAAAAGAAUAUGGGAAACGACUAAGGAAAUCGCGUAUAUUGCGAUUUUUCAAAUUAUUGAACAACGAUAUCGAAAAGUUGGAAUGAGCCUGAAGCACCAAUGACGUUCUGUACCAGAAAAAAACCACUAGCUAUUCCGAAUCGCUGUUAUUAGUUGUCACCGUUUUUUUUCUCGAUUCGUGAAAAUGGAAUUCACAAACCCUGACUUCACUUAAAAUUGAAAAAUGGUCAAGCAAUUUAAUGAAAUACUUAAGAGGCCGAUGUUCUGCAAAGUAAUUGGCCCCAAUGAAAAAUACAUCGUAUUUGGUGUUUUGUAAUUGUCAUUUUUUUUUAAAUUUCUUAUUUUAUUAAAAUUUAAAAUAUAUAAAAAUUGAUAAAGAUAAUCAGUUUGGAUUUAUUUACAGUGGUAACGUAUCUUCUACUUAUUAAAUACUUCAUUACUAACUUUAUAUACACAUAUGUGUGUGUAUAUAUAUAUAAAUACUAAGAAAAUCGGCCUCUAUUUCAAAUUAAUCGUAAGUCAAUUAAUAGAAUAGAGUGCAAUAUUGCACAUACACAACAAUUAUUUUUUAUCAACGAUCGAGUCAACUAUUCAGAUUCCAAGCGAAUAAUUAUUAUAAUUUAUGGAACGAUACGUUAUUUAUCAUUAUCUUAUCUGAAAUUAAUCCAAUCAAUUAUGAGCAUCAUAUGAUAAUUAUGUUAUUUUAUAAUUAUGCAAAUCAAUACCCAUUCCUUUUCGUUACUACGAAAGAGUAUAUAGAUUUAAAAUGUAUUAUCUAACAAUUUCACUGACAAUCAAACCAGCAAGUAUUUUCGGUUAUACCGAUACAACAAUAUAAUGAUGGCAGUUAUUUUGUGAAUGAGUAACACUAAUAACUAAUAAGAAAUGUAUACUGUUUUCAUCAGUCUCAAUUUAAAAACUUUUUAAUGAAACCUUUGUCCCUCUCUAUUAAAUCAUGAUUAUUUUUAAAAUUUGAAAUUUCUAACGAGAAUUAUAGUCUUUCCAUGCACUGUAUAAUUGAGUAAUAAUGAAAUCUUUAAGUCGCUGAGAGUUAUCAAUUAAAAGAUGUAGAAUUUCAGUUAAUUUUUCUUUAAUUCAAAUAUCAUUAUAAUCUACGUUAUAUUGUACUUUGUAGGAAUUUUAGAAUAUACGUAAUUGACUAUUGAUUUGUAUUUUCUGCAAGUGGUCGUUUUUAAGCAGGAAGCACAAGGUAAAAUGGGCUGGACCUUUUGACUCUAUGCUUGAAUUGACCUAUUGCGCAUUCUCUCAGAAAUAUAACAAUCAGAAUUAA